AACAAACCAAGAACUUUGUCGGCGGCGGCCGAUCAAACGCUUUAUCAAAUGCUUCUGUUUGCCGUGAUAAAUAUUUAAUCGGCCGCAAGAGAUAAAAUUAUUUGGCAUUCGCCAGCCAGAGAAGUUCACGAGAGAGAGAGAGAAAAAGAGACUCCAACUUCCCUUAUCACGAGUUCCAUUAACUGAACAGCUGAUCGAACUGGAUUGAGCUAACCAAAGUUAUCGCGGAAAAUCACGCGGAUUUCUUUCACAGACAAUUAAAAUAAUUAUGUUCCUCACAUGUUGAUCUGUCAUAUGAUCGCUCACGGGACAACUCAUCAUAUGUAAUUUGCAUAUAUUUACAAUAUCAACUGCCUGCGCUGCAAAGUCACGCCAAGUUCAUUACAAGGAAUAUUUCAAACUGUUGGCAGCAGAGUGUCCAACUUUUAAAAUCUUAUCUUUAUUGUUACAAGUGAUCUGAAAUUGCUUCCAUACGGAGAAGAAUAAUAAUUCAAAUGCAUCAUAAUAUGCAGCUUCUACUGUUAUUAUCAAUUAUUUUAAAUAUCAUAAACAUCAGUACAGCAGGGCGUAUUUUCUUAAGAGGUCGGAGCAAAUAUGGUAAUUUAGGAGAGCCAAUUUUAUCUUCUGAAAGAUAUGUGCUUCCAGAGGAACAGUGGUUCACACAAUAUUUAGAUCAUUUUAACCCAAGUGAUGCUCGUGUUUGGAAACAGAAAUAUUAUGUCAACUCCAAUUUUUAUAAACCAAAUGGACCCAUGUUUUUAAUGAUUGGAGCUGAAGGUGCAGCAAAUGCCACAUGGAUGGUAGAAGGUCAAUGGGUUGAAUAUGCUAAAGAAUUUGGGGCAAUGUGUUUUUAUUUAGAACAUCGUUUUUAUGGAAAAAGUCACCCUACUCAGGAUCUUAGUGUAAAGAAUUUGGUAUAUUUAAGCUCACAGCAGGCAUUAGCAGACUUAGCAUACUUUAUUACAAGUGUUAAUAUUGGAUACAAAUUUCCAAAUAACACAAAAUGGAUUGUAUUUGGAGGAUCAUAUGGUGGAUCUCUAGCUGCUUGGAUGCGCGCUAAAUAUCCCCAUUUAGUACAUGGAGCUGUAUCUAGUAGUGGACCAUUGUUAGCACAGGUUGACUUUCAAGAAUAUUUUGUUGUUGUUGCAAAUGCUCUGAAAGAUUAUUCUCAAAAUUGUGUUGACACAAUAGCAGAAGCUACCAAGCAAUUAAAUAUAUUGUUACAUCAUAUUGUUGGUCAACAGCAAAUAGAGAAAAAAUUCAAAUUAUGCAAUCCAAUUGAUCCUGGGCAUACAAAAAAAGUGGACAUUUCUAAUCUAUAUGAAACAUUAGCAGAUAACUUUGCUGGCGUUGUACAAUAUAAUAAAGACAAUCGUCGAAGCUCUCCAUCUGCUAACAUCACUAUUGAAACUGUAUGUAACGUAUUAGUAGAUGAAAAGAUAGGAAAACCUAUUGAUAGACUCGCUUAUAUAAACAACAUGAUAUUAAAUGCUACUAAGGAGAAAUGUUUGGAUUAUCGAUACAGUAAAAUGAUUCGUGAGCUUCGAAAUGUUACUUGGGCUAGUGAGCAAGCAGAAGGAGGACGUCAAUGGAUGUAUCAGACUUGUACAGAAUUUGGAUUCUUCCAAACUUCAACUGCACAGCCUACUUUAUUCAGUGAUACCUUUCCAGUAAACUUUUUUGGACAGCAAUGCAUCGAUAUUUUCGGGCCUAGAUACGAUAUAGAUUUAGUUAAAUCUGCUGUCUUCCGAACGAAUAUUUUUUAUGGCGCGUUAAAUCUACAAGUGUCAAACGUAGUAUUUGUACACGGUUCUGUCGAUCCUUGGCAUGUGCUAGGCAUUAUAAACUCCUCUAAUCCGCAAGCACCUGCUAUUUAUAUUAAUGGCACUGCACAUUGUGCAGAUAUGUAUCCUUCAUCAGAAAAUGAUAUGCCUCAAUUGAAGGAAGCCAGAAUACAAAUAAGAAGUUUAAUCAAACAAUGGUUAAAAAAUGAUUAAAAAUUUAUAUCAUAUAUUAUACACAUAUU